AUGAGCAUGGAUAGCUUAGAUUCGUUAACCGGAAGUCCGUACUUGGCGCGAAAAAACUGGCUAAGGAUGCAAGAACAGCAGCAGCAGCAGCAGCAACAACAUAUCGAAUAUCGAUUCUCAAGACCGAUCAAGAUAGUAGACUAUGAUAACGAACGGUAUUCCUGGUCCGCGCCAGGGAGCCCUUAUCAUAUACGCCGGCCUGCGUUCGAUAGGAAUAGACUGUGGAUAGAAGAUGAUUCUAGUUCGGAGUCUGAAAUAGAUCGAAAACCGCGGCAUAACACACGCAAUGAUAUCAGUGCCGAUGAUGCGUCCAAUAACUCUGAUCAACCUGCACUGUUCUCCAACGCGGAAACGGAUACGGAGCCAAAAUUUCCCAUAACAAUACGAAGCGCUCGUAGUCUGCUGAGUCUCCGAAUGCGGCGAGAUCCGCAACAUCAAGGAACGCGGUCCAUCAAAGCCCGGCGGGUUGUUAACAAAAAGGGAGAAGGCAACGUCCGGCUGGCACAUCUUCCACAGCGAUCAAUCCGUUUCGCACGCGACAUUGCUACCACGUUGGUUGACGAACAAUGGCGUUACACGUUGAUGCUUUUCGUGUUGAGUUUCGUGGGCAGUUGGAUCUUCUUCGCUAUCCUCUGGUACUUGAUCGCGUACGCCCAUGGCGAUCUCGAAAAGGAUCCUAAAACGGGCAAACGGAUCGGAGACGGCAACAAACCGUGCGUUGACGGAACGAGCAGCUUUACGGGCUUCCUGCUGUUCAGCGUGGAAACCCAAGUCUCCACCGGAUACGGCGUGAUCGUCCCGACCGAAGAAUGCCCGGAAGCGUUCUUUCUGUUGCUGGUACAAAUCGUAUUCGGGCUGGUGAUUGGAGGCGCGAUGGUCGGUGUGGUGUACGCAAAAAUGAUCCGUCUUUCGAAACGAUCGCACGAACAAAAAUUCAGCAAACGAGCCGUCAUCUGUCUACGCGAUGGCAAGCUUUGCUUGGUUUUCCGGGUGUGCGAUCAGAAGCACCAGUACGUCAUCGGAACUAAGGUGACCGUAAUAAUGCUUGAACCUCGCCGUCAUCCCGGCUCAAACGUGCUGGAACGGUGUGAGUCCCGAUUGAGGGUGCAAAACCAUGGCCACAUCCUGCCACUGUGGCCGAUAACCGUGUGCCACGUGAUUGAUCGGUACAGCCCGCUGUACGACAUGACGGCUGCGGACCUUCUGGAUCGUAGUUUCGAAAUUGUGGUGACAAUGACGGGCAGCACGAUGACGACAGGACAGUGCACACAAAUCCGCACUUCGUACCUUUCGUCGGAGAUCCUUUGGGGGCACCGGUUUCAGAACAUAAUCGAAUACGACCCGCAGCGAGAGUGCUAUGUGGCCCUUAACGAACAGAUCGAUUUACUCGAGGAGGUAGAAACACCACUCUGCAGCGCACGUCAGCUCGAGGAAGUGAUCGACGAAUUGCAACAAGAUCAGCGCCACUGCGACGAUUAUCCUUCCGUGGAUAAUGACAGCCGGCUAGGGGCAUCUUUCCGCUGGAAAUUCAACACACGGCUCCGUAGCAAUCCUAGCUCGUUUGUGCGUAUCCACGAUGUCUACUCCGAGGCUGAAGAGGACGAACAGCACGAUGAGCUACACAAAGCGCAUGAAGAUCCCUUAAAGCAACCCACCACGGUCACCGUUGCUGUUGAUGACAGUAAUGCAGUUGAUCUAGCAGGGGUUUCAAUUAGCGAACCGGUGGAAACGAAACAACCAACCAUGCAGCAUUAA